GCGUCCCCGUUGCUAGGAAACUGUAGCCUUUGCUAUUAUUUAGAACUGUGCUUUUCUCAUCCAUAGAUGUUUAGUGUCGUAAAUCAUCAAAUAACGGGAUACAAAUACACAAAGUUUAGCCCGGUCUUCAAUCGAUCAAGAUGGAGAUAGGCCUAUUUGGUACCGACGGCAUCGUUGAUUUAAGCCAACUGAUGAUAUUUCCUCAAAAUAUGGUGAUCAUCGGCCUGUUACUUCUUUUUCCCUUGACAUUCGUAUGGAGAUCUUCAGUUUGUGCUCUAAGAAGACUAUACAACUCGAGACAAUCUCAACUGGCUGAAAGAGUUGCCAGUCUGUUUGAGGAGAAGUAUGAUUCAUUGGCAAAGAUAACCGAGCAGAACGUAACAAUGCGACUUCAGGGUCAGCUGAAUAUGUGCAUGCAUUCUAAACACUGCUUACAACAGGAGAAUGAUGAGAUGAAGGUGACCAUCAAGCUGUUUGGAGAGGAAAAUGAGAAUAUGAGGGACAAGGUCAAAAUACUCAAAAAGCGCCUUUCAGAAGAGGAACAAAAAAUCACUGAACGGAAUAGCGUGCAGAUGGCAUUGCUGGAAAAAGAGUUACUGCAGAAGACGAUGAAAAUAUGUACGUUAGAGAGAGCUCUGGAGGCAGAGAGGGCAGACAUUGUUCGUCUGCGUCAGAGACUGGUGGAAAUCACAGACCUGCUGGUGCUUCUUAAGAAAUCCCGUUUGGAAACCUUGCCUCGGUCAGCUAGUGUUGAUCAUCACAGGUCCCGCUGUCAGAAAUACAGCAAUUCAGCCAUAAUUAAAGACAUUCUCCAUGAACUGGUAAAAAAUGCCUCUGAGGAGAUAAGAAUCUCUGCUGAUUCGAACACCAGAACAGGCUAAUCUACCCUUCCUCUUCCUGCAAGACCACUGGGCUAUGACUAUAACAUUUAUGAUUUACGACUUUGGUUCUACGAUUUAUUUGACUGGACAGAAUGAUUGAUUAUUGUUUUUAGUACAAUUAAAUUGUUUAAUCAAAAGUGAUGAUUGUCCUUAGGACAAAUAAAUAGCAUUUAAUUAAA